CUAUACUCUUUUGCAUUAAGCUUCUGAUUCCGGAGAUGAAUUCAUCUUCCGCUCUUGUUAUGACAACGUUUUAUUAACUACACCAUACAUGGAUGCUCUUAGUGAAACCUGGGUGGACUUUCUUGAUAAGUUUAACUCUUCAGAGACGUUUAUUGUAAUUACGAGUCGCUUUGGAACACCCCAUGUCCACAGACUUAACAAAGCCAAGUCCAUGUACAUAUUUGGUCAAAAUCAUCCUGUGAGGAAGUUUUCACUGUACAUAACUACAAAUCAAUAUUUUGAAUUUUUUGUCCUUUUGACUAUUUUAGUAAACUGUGUUUUUCUAGCACUGACAAAUCCACCGGAGGAGCCUGAAUAUGUUUUUGCAGCUAUUUAUACCAUUGAAAUGAUUUUGAAAAUAAUUUCUAAAGGAUUUGCGCUUCACAAAUAUGCUUACUUACGAGACCCUUGGAAUUGGUUAGAUUUUGUGGUUGUGAUUUUAGGGUAUGUAACACUCGCUCCUGGCGUGCUGGCAAAUCUGUCAGGGAUUAGGACGUUUCGCGUUUUUAGAGCCUUGCGGACAAUUUCAGCCGUGAAAGGGCUAAAAAUGAUGGUAAACACCCUCCUGGUUUCAAUGAAGAUGCUAUGGGAUGUACUCAUUCUCACUAUGUUCUUCAUUUGCAUUUACGCACUUGUCGGAAUGCAAGUGUUUGUGGGUGUACUAAGAAAUAAAUGCGCGGAGCCUGUGCCAGAAAAUCUUCAAAUUUCGUACAAGGAUUACGCAUCCAACUCAAAUGUGUGGAUACUUGAUCCCGAUGGACAGCCUAUCGUUUGCGGAAAUAUUUCUGGUGCGAUGCACUGCGCGGCCAAUCAGAGCUGUCUUUCUCACGCAGGCGCAAAUCCAAACUAUGGAUACACCAGCUUUGAUCACUUCGGCUGGGCUAUUAUGACGUCAUUUCAACUUGUUACCUUAGACUUCUGGGAAAAUGUGUACAAUAAUAUCCUAUUUGCCAUGGGUCCCUGGUCUUUAAUUUAUUUCCUAAGCAUUGUGUUGUUUGGCCGAUUUUAUCUCAUCAAUCUUGUUCUUGCUGUGGUGGCUGCAUCUUAUGAAAAUGAAGUGCAAAACUCUCGACAGGAUAAUGACAGCUUACGUCUCCAGCAGAAACAACAAGGCUCUUCUUUCUCACUGCGCAGCCGUAGAAGCAUUAUGAGUCUCGUGUACGGAGAACAAGAUGUGGUCCUGGACGAGUCAAUUCACCGAGCCAUGUUCGAUGUGGCAGCUUAUGAUAAAACUCAUGACUCGUUGGCUCUGACGCAGGCAGAAUCUGCAUCAGUUUUCCAAAUAAAUCAAAGUGAAAGAGACUCAAAGCAAACAAAAGUUAUGAAUAAAACUGCAGAGAAUAACAAUUCCGGUGAGAGUCAUGUUAAACCUCUUAAAAAGUGCUGCUCUUGCUGCGGAGCUGGAAUCUUGUUGAAGUGUGGUUUCUGGAGACCGUUCCGGAAACACGUAAAGCGGAUCGUGGAACAUAAAAUGUUUGAGGCUGGUAUCAUCAUCAUUAUUCUGAUCAACACGCUGUUUAUGUCCCUACAAUAUCAUGGAAUGAACGAGGAUUUGGCAUUAGCAGUUGAUAUUGUUAAUCUGGUUUGCACCUUCAUAUUUUUGAUGGAGAUGAUUCUGAAGUUGAUCGCUCUCAAGCCAAGUGGUUACAUCAAAAGCCGGUGGAAUAUUUUUGAUGGAGUUGUUGUUAUAAUUAGUCUCAUAGAUACGGUAUUAACUUUGUCAAACCUCAUCGACAACACAGGAACAAGUGUUCUAAGGUCUUUCAGAUUGGUCCGCAUUCUAAAGCUCGCUAAAUCCUGGAGUACGAUGUCCAGUCUUUUAGCCACCAUAGGUCAAAGUCUGGGAGCUCUUGCCAAUCUGUCCGUCAUAUUAGCCAUCAUCAUUUAUAUCUUCGCUGUGGUCGGAAUGCAGUUAUUUGGUUCAUCUUACACAGCGGAUAAAUUCGAUGGUGAAGUCCCUCGGUGGAGAUUUACAGAUUUCUGGCAUUCGUUUCUGUUAAUAUUUCGGAUUAUUUGCGGGGAGUGGAUUGAGCCUCUAUGGGACUGCAUGAGAGCUGCAGGACCCGCUUCUAUCAUACUCUUCAUACCAGCUUUUCUUUUAGGACACUUUAUUAUCCUUAAUCUUUUCUUGGCACUGCUACUGAGUUCGUUUGCUGGCCAAGCCUCGCUGUCUUCCGCUCGAGGAAACAAAAAGAACCGUAUCUUAGGUCGGCUGAGGAAAGUUGUAAUUGCAUCCAACUUUAUAAAAAGGAUGAAAUCCAAGGUGUGGCCCGCUCCGAACAAAGACACACAAACAGAUGAGGUGAUAGAAAUCGGUAACGGCCAUGCAGAAGCAAUUAGUCCAGCAUCGAGGAAAGCUUCUUGUGUGACAAGCCCGAAUGAUCCGCCAUCAAGACGAGUGUGUUGUUGUUCGCUGAACAUUCGGGAAUACGAAGUCGACAGCUGUUUUCCGACGAUACACGGCUGCUGCACGAAGUUUGAUGAGACAACUUGUCACGUGAUUUGGAUCUGGAUUCGUUACAAGGUGAAAUGCUUUGUGGAACACAAGUACUUUGAAUGGUUCAUAGUGUUUCUGAUUGCAGCGAGCAGCAUUGCAUUGGCUUUUGAGGAUGUGCACUUAGACAGCAGACCGAUAUUAAAGGAAGUGUUGAGGGUCUUAAAUAUCUUCUUUGCUGUUGUGUUUGUGCUUGAAUUUAUCCUCAAACUCAUCGGUCUCGGCUUCACCACAUAUUUCUCAAGUGCCUGGAACUGGCUUGACGUCGCGAUUAUUGUGGUUUCUCUUAUCGCUCUGUUUGGUAACGAGGAGGUCAUGUCUAUUCGGUCCUUGAGGACGUUAAGAGCUCUGCGGCCACUAAGGGCGAUCUCUAGAUUUGAAAGAAUGAGGGUGGUCAUCAGCUCUCUGUUUCACGCCAUACCUGGGAUUGCCAACGUUCUGCUGGUGUGCUUGGUAUUCUGGCUGAUAUUCAGCAUCAUGGGGGUCAAUCUUUUUGGCGGGAAAUUCUACAAGUGUGUUGACGCGCGCGGCGUCAAAUAUGACGCUUCUGUUGUGCCAAAUAAGACCGUAUGCCUUCAGAGGGGAGACCGCUGGAUUAACUCUAAUGUCAACUUUGAUAAUUCUGGAAACGGAUUCUUAGUCCUUCUUCAAGUAGCUACUUUUGAAGGAUGGAUGGAGAUAAUGGAGGACGCUAUUGAUGCCACUAAAGUAGAUCAACAACCCGUGAGGGAAAACAACAUGGCGGCGUACUUGUAUUUCAUCGUUUUCAUCAUCUCUGGAUCUUUUUUCAUCUUAAAUCUCUUCAUCGGUGUCAUUAUUGACAACUUCAAUCAUCUCAAGCAACAGAUGGAGGUUUGUGGCUCUGUCCAUAUCUUUCUUACACCAAACCAGAGAAGCUGGAUGAACGCGAUAAAAAAUGCUGCAGCUAUAAAACCAAAGAAGAAAGUUGAAAGACCACAGAAUCGCUAUCAAGCAAUGGUGUUUGAUAUGGUGGAAAAUCGUAAGUUUGAGAUCUUUAUCAUCCUGGUGAUUACAGUGAACAUGAUAGUUAUGAUGGUGCAACACUAUGGCCAGCCCCCACAAGUCACACGGGUGCUCGAUAUCUUCAAUAUCAUUUUCACCUGUAUUUUCAUCAUUGAGGCCCUGUUGCGAAUCAUUGCCCUACGAUGGGGAUAUUUCCUACAGCGCUGGAAUGUGUUUGACUUCGUCAUUGUUUUACUCUCCAUAGUGGGUAUAAUAGUGGAGAGCUUAAACAAAACAGGAAUCAUCAUAACACCCAAUUUACUGCGCGUUGUUCGCGUAUUCCGAGUUGGAAGACUACUACGCUUCUUUGAGAAAGCUAGAGGGAUUCGUCGAUUAAUGUUUUCAUUAAUUGUUUCCUUGCCAGCUCUCUUCAAUGUGGGUGCCAUACUUUUUCUUAUUGUGUUUAUCUACGCCAUUAUUGGGAUGUCAUUCUUCGCGCAUGUCAAGAAGACAGGAGCGUUAAAUGAAGUGGUUAAUUUUGAAACCUUUUUAAACUCGAUGUUGUUGAUUUUUCGUCUGAUGACAGCAGCGGGCUGGAACGAUGUUUUAGAGCCCUUAAUGAUAAAACCGCCCGACUGUGAUCCAAAUUAUAAAGGACUUUCCAACGGAAACUGCGGAAAUGGUUGGAUUGCUGUUUGCUAUUUUUCCAGCUUUAUCGUAAUUAUUUUCCUAGUUCUUAUUAACAUGUAUGUGGCGGUUGUAUUGGAAAAUUACAACAAUGUCAUGGAGCAGGAAAAGAUAGGAAUUACCGGAGAGGAUGUAGACUUGUUUUAUCAGCACUGGAAAUUGUAUGACCCCGAUGGCACCCAGUAUAUUUAUUACAAGGAUCUUUCAGACUUUCUGCACACCUUAGGAGGAAACUUGAAGAUUAAGAAGCCAAACAAGGCCGCAUGCGCAUUGCUGAACAUACCGCUGUACGAAGACGACAAGAUUUUCUGUCUGCACUUGUUGCAAGUUUUGGUAAAGAGAGUUGUAGCCGGAUACGAAGAUAGCAACUCCGAGGAGUUUAACAUGGUCAUGAAACGAAUGGAAGAAAGAUUUAAAACUAAUUUUCCUGCUUCUAAUGAGAACCGUCCAACCAUCACGACAAUGGACAAAAAGCGACAGAUUGCGGCUGCGAGGGUCAUAACACGUGCUAUCAGAAGAUAUCGAGAGAGGAAACGGAGAGAAGCUUUCAGACUAAGUCUUGGUGAGACAAAAAGUUCAGUAGAUAUGGGAAUGAUCCCGCACUUAGGGGAAACAAAAAGCCGUGUAGCCGCCUUAGUUUUAACUGAGAAGAGACUGAGUGAUUCUCUCCCCGACUUAUACAAAAGUUCUUGCCAGGCAGGCAGAGAAAACUACAAAGUAACUAUAACAAGGACGCCUUCAUUCGACAGAGCCGUUUUCAACAGAGAGGAGGUCUUGAGACAAGAAGCACUUGUUAAUGCUCCGCUAAAGAACGAAAAAGUAUCGGAACAACCUAAAAGUUACGAAAAGUGAAUACUGGCCAUCCUGAAACCACUUCAAAUUUGAUAACUGUUUUUUAAUUUAACUGCGUUUGAUUUAAAUAUAUCACAAGUUUUGUAAAGAAUA